GAAGGGGCGGGGUGAGGGGGCGGACCGUUGCGCGGCUGUAACCGUCGCUCAGGGCGGUUGUUCCCCUCAGCCGAGAAACGCCGCGCUCGGGCCCGGCUCCCGCCGCUCCGCGGAAGCGCCUCCUGCCCGGCCCGGUGGGGGCUGGCGCCAGGGAUUCCUUUUGGAAAAUGCCAAACCGAAGGUUUGCUGAUGGUGAGGUGGUGAUGGGCCGUUGGCCAGGAAGUGUCCUGUACUAUGAAGUACAAGUGACUAGUUAUGAUGAUGUUUCUCAUCUUUAUACUGUGAAGUACAAAGAUGGGACUGAACUUGCGUUGAAAGAAAGUGAUAUAAGGUCACAAUCAUCAUUCAAGCACAGGAAGAGCCAGUCCUCUUCAAGUUCUCCCUCCAGAAGGAGUACUAGCAGAUCUCGAUCUAGAUCUCCUGGUCGGCCAGCAAAAGGCAGGCGUCGUUCUUCUUCCCAAAGUAGAGAACAUAAAGAUGACAAAAAGAAGACCAUUCAGGAAACCAACUUAGCUCUACUGAAACCGAGUGAGAAUAACACCAGAAGGUACAAUGGUGAACCUGACAGUACAGAAAGAAAUGACACAUCCUCCAUAAUCUUGGAGCAAAAGUUGAAACCAGACCUGCAGAUAGAGCGUGUGCUUGAACAAUACAGCUUGCGUUCAAGAGAAGAAGAAAAGAAAAAAGAAGAGAUAUAUUCAGAGAAAAAGAUUUUUGAGACAAUAAAAACAAUUGAGAAAGCAUCAUCAAAAACAAAGGAGCUAGAGUUCGGUGGAAGAAUCGGGACCUUCAUGCUGAUAUUUUUCCUGCCUGCUACUGUAUUCUACUUGCUGUUGAUGUGCAAACAAGAUGACCCCAGUCUUGUGAACUUCCCCCCUCCUCUCCCAGCACUUGAAAGUCUUUGGGAGGCUAGGGUGUUUGGUGUUUUUCUUCUGUGGUUUUUCCUUCAAGCUCUGUUUUCGUUACUGCCAAUUGGAAAGGUUGUAGAAGGCCUGCCUCUUUCAAAUGGAAGGAAACUGCAGUACCGGAUAAAUGGGUUUUAUGCUUUUAUUUUGACUGCUGCAGCUAUUGGAACUUUAUUAUAUUUUCAAUUUGAACUUCAUUAUUUGUAUGAUCACUUCAUGCAGUUUGCAGUGUCAGCUGCAGCUUUUUCUAUGGUGUUGAGUAUUUAUCUGUAUGUUCGGUCCCUGAAAGCACCUGAAGAAGAACUAGCACCAGGUGGAAAUUCUGGGUAUCUUGUGUAUGAUUUUUUUACUGGACAUGAAUUAAACCCUCGUAUUGGCAGUUUUGACCUCAAAUACUUUUGUGAAUUGCGUCCAGGAUUAAUUGGCUGGGUUGUUAUAAACUUGGCAAUGCUUUUGGCUGAGAUGAAGAUACACAAUCAAAGUAUGCCAUCUCUGUCAAUGAUACUUGUGAACAGCUUUCAGCUUCUGUAUGUGGUGGAUGCUCUUUGGAAUGAGGAAGCUAUUUUGACUACAAUGGAUAUUACCCAUGAUGGAUUUGGAUUCAUGCUAGCAUUUGGAGAUUUGGUGUGGGUUCCGUUUGUCUACAGUCUGCAGGCUUUCUAUUUAGUUGGUCAUCCUACUGUGAUUUCUUGGCCUGUUGCUGCUGCAAUUACUAUUCUGAACUUUAUUGGGUAUUACAUAUUCCGAAGUGCGAAUUCUCAGAAAAAUAAUUUCCGAAGGAAUCCAUCAGAUCCCAAAUUGGCCUAUCUGAAAUUUAUACCCACUGCAACUGGAAAAGGGCUUCUUGUCACGGGUUGGUGGGGUUUUGUUCGUCACCCUAAUUAUCUCGGUGACAUUAUCAUGGCUCUAGCAUGGUCCCUACCCUGUGGUUUUAAUCACAUUUUACCAUAUUUCUACGUGAUAUAUUUCAUCUGCUUGCUUAUUCAUCGAGAAGCUCGGGAUGAACAUCAUUGUAAGCAAAAAUACGGCUUGGCAUGGGAAAGGUAUUGUCAGCGUGUACCAUACCGCAUAUUUCCUUACAUCUACUAGAGUGCUCCAGAUGCCUGAUUUGCAAAUUACUUCUAAAGUUAGUUUCUUUGCAAAUAAAAAUAUACCUCUUACCUUUGCACUUUGUCUAUUUGUUAUUUAGGCUUUUUUAAAAAAAAAAAAAAGUGACCAAACAGUGGAGUGCAUCAACAGGUAUUUACAACUAAUCUUAAAUGUGUGAGUUACAUGAACUGACUGUGACUUCAAUUUUUUAAAAGAUUGUGAAUUUUAAAAAGUCUUGGAGCCCUAAUUUUUCAAGUUAAAUUUUACCUAGAAUCCUGAGUUUACAUUUUUUUAAUUGCUUUUAAUUAAGCACUGUGAUGUAAAGUAUAUUUUCUUAAUACAAUAAAUACAGAAAUU